GUCUACCCAGCAACAGAGAUUAUUUCCCGUUCAUCUCAGUCACAAGGAAACAUUUCCCAACUACGAAACAACUCUGAUGAAUCAAGAAGCGGGUUUCCAGAUCAAUCUUCUCGGAUGGAAACUGACGAGCGAUCUCUGCAAUCUCACCAGCAGGAUAGACAAGCCGAUAUUAAAGUAGGACGACCCAUCGGUACUGGUUCAUACGGAGUAGAAUAUAAAGCAACGAUGAAGCACACUGGAAUGCCUAUCGCAUUGAAAACUUUGGUUUGGCGUCCGGACGAUUGCGAGGAAUAA